AUGUCGAUGGAUGCAGAUUUGCUUUCGAAUGAGGAACUUCUUGGUCUUCAUGAAGAUGGAACAAACAGAAAUGACGAUAUUAAAACAGAGCAGCAGAUUGAAGUGAAGCCGAAACGGAGAUACCACAAACUAGAUGAUGAUUUAAUGCUUUCGAGCCGCGGACUACCGGAGCUCAUCAAGUCGCUGAGCAAGUACAGAUUCCGAGGGAAGAAAAGACCGGCGGAGAUGAGUUCUUAUGAGCGUUACGUGAAUAAAAGAUACGACAGAUCGAUCCACUUUGAAAACUUGACGAGACUAUUACAUGUAUACCAGAUAUGGGGGCACGAGGUGUAUCCGAAGUACAAAUUCAGGGACUUUACUGGUGUGCUCAACCGGGCAGCUUCCUCUCCGGCUUUAAAGGAGUAUAAGCGGUCUGUGAUACGGAAAGAAGUGGAUGAAAAGUUGAAGAUUGAGGCUGAAAAGAACGACGCGUAUGCACAGCACUUGGGUGAGGAGCCUAACGCGUUAACAUCAGCAACACGUGCUACGAGUAGCGAGCCGGAAGAGUCUGCAACGGCGAAUGAUGUGUCUUCUGGAUUAUUUGUUGGAGAAGAUGCUGGAAUGGAGCCAAGUCAGAUGGAUUGGGAAGAUGAGCCGUUAUAUAGCGUUGCAAAUAGAUACGAGGAGCAAAAUGAGAAAGAGAGGCGGUCGGAUGCGGACUUUAUGGAGCAAAUAGGGAAGGAUAUGGCACAUGUUGGUGAGCUUAGUGGUGCGGGUGAGGGAGAUAAGGAAGAAAGGGGUACUGAAAAGAGUGAAAAAAGUGAAAAGAGUGAAAAGAGUGACGAAAGUAGAGAAGAAAAAAGUGAAAAGAGUGAAAAGAGUGACGAAAGUAGAGAAGAAAAAAGUGAUAAAAAGAAUGACGAAAGUAAAGAAGAAAAAAGUGAUAAAAAGAAUGACGAAAGUAAAGAAGAAAAGAACCAUGAAAAAGACGAUGACGAUAUUCUUGGUAUCCUAUUAAGUGAUGACGAGAGAGAUGAAGACACACAGAUGAAGGUUGGAAACACAUCAUUGAUUGCAGAGAAAGAUGCGGAUCUCAAACGAAUUGAUGAGGAUAAUGAGGCGGAAGAGACGAAGAGUGAGAAAAAAGAGAAGCAGGGUAAUGCGAAUGAAGACGAGGACAGCUACAUGGAUAAUAUUAUGCAUGAGAUGGGGAUAUGA